CACCUUGCCCUUGGCGAGUGUGCUGUGCGCAUUCCACAGUCCAGGCUCGUUAGCUCAGGAGCUCACCAGCGAAGCGCGUGGUAACCAUCAAAAGGGGCGGCAAAAAGAAAGAUCAAACAAACGGGGUUAAAAAAACAAAUGCAGCAGCAAGAAAAGCUCGCGCACUCCCGUCGCCAUUGCCGCCCUCUCUCUCGAUAGAAACGCCACCUCACUCCACCGCCCACGCUCUUCCCGUUGCCACUCCGCUCGGCCAAAAAGCGGCAGGUCACUGCUCGCGGAGCAGCCGAGUGAAGGUUGGUUCUUGGAGGAGAGGUGAGGUGGGCGGUGUGCAGCAUGGCCGUGGCGGCGGCGACGCCUCUCCUUGUCGCCGGCGGCGGCCGGUUCCUGCUCGCUGCCUUCCUGGCGGCCGCCCUCUUGGCCUCCGCGGCCAAUGCGGCCGUCUCGUACGACCACCGGUCCCUCGUCAUCAACGGCCGCCGCCGCAUCCUCAUCUCCGGCUCCAUCCACUACCCAAGAAGCACCCCCGAGAUGUGGCCGGGGCUCAUCCAAAAGGCCAAGGACGGCGGCCUGGACGUCAUCCAGACCUACGUGUUCUGGAACGGCCACGAGCCGGUGCAGGGGCAGUACUACUUCGCCGACCGCUACGACCUCGUCCGCUUCGUCAAGCUCGCCAAGCAGGCCGGCCUCUACGUCCACCUCCGCAUCGGCCCCUACGUCUGCGCCGAAUGGAACUUCGGUGGCUUCCCUGUUUGGCUCAAGUAUGUACCAGGCAUCAGCUUCCGGACGGACAACGGUCCGUUCAAGGCGGCGAUGCAAAAAUUCGUCGAGAAGAUCGUGUCCAUGAUGAAGUCCGAGGGGCUGUUCGAGUGGCAGGGAGGUCCAAUUAUCAUGGCGCAGGUGGAGAACGAGUUCGGGCCGAUGGAGUCCGUCGGGGGCAGCGGCGCAAAGCCGUACGCGUACUGGGCAGCCAAGAUGGCCGUGGCGACCAACGCCGGCGUGCCGUGGGUGAUGUGCAAGCAGGAAGACGCCCCGGAUCCCGUGAUUAACACUUGCAAUGGCUUCUACUGCAACAACUUCACCCCGAACAAGAAGUACAAGCCGGCCAUGUGGACCGAAGCCUGGACCGGAUGGUUUACGAGAUUUGGAGGCGCUGUGCCUCACCGGCCGGUGGAGGACAUGGCCUUCGCCGUGGCAAGGUUCAUUCAGAAGGGUGGCUCCUUCGUGAACUACUACAUGUACCAUGGAGGGACAAACUUUGGACGCACGGCCGGUGGCCCCUUCAUCGCAACCAGCUACGAUUAUGACGCCCCGAUCGACGAAUUUGGCCUUCUUAGGCAACCGAAAUGGGGUCACCUGAGGGACCUGCACAGGGCCAUCAAGCAGGCUGAGCCAGUGCUGGUUUCUGGCGAUCCAACGAUCCAGUCACUUGGAAACUACGAGAAGGCAUACGUCUUCAAGUCGAAGAAUGGAGCCUGUGCUGCGUUCCUGUCGAACUACCACAUGAAUUCUGCCGUGAAAGUCAGGUUCAAUGGGCGUCACUACGACCUCCCUGCAUGGUCCAUUAGCAUUUUGCCAGACUGCAAAACUGCGGUCUUCAACACCGCAACGGUGAAGGAGCCAACUCUGCUGCCAAAGAUGAAUCCGGUGGUGCGGUUUGCUUGGCAGUCCUACAGCGAGGACACAAACUCGCUAGAUGACAGCGCAUUCACAAAGGAUGGCCUGGUUGAGCAGCUCAGCAUGACAUGGGACAAGUCGGACUAUCUGUGGUACACCACCUAUGUCAACAUCGGUGCCAAUGAGCAAUUCUUGAAGUCUGGCCAGUGGCCUCAGCUCACUGUCUACUCCGCUGGGCACUCGAUGCAGGUGUUCGUCAAUGGGAGGACAUAUGGAUCUGUUUAUGGCGGGUAUGACAACCCGAAAUUAACAUACAACGGGCAUUUGAAGAUGUGGCAGGGCAGCAACAAGAUCUCCAUCCUAAGUUCAGCAGUUGGCCUUCCUAAUGUCGGAAACCAUUUCGAGUCGUGGAACGUCGGCGUCCUUGGACCGGUGACCCUCUCCGGCCUGAAUGAGGGGAAGAGGGACCUCAGCCAUCAGAAAUGGACAUAUCAGGUCGGCCUGAAAGGCGAGUCGCUCGGCCUCCACACUGUCACCGGGAGCUCUGCCGUCGAAUGGGCCGGUCCUGGCGGCAAGCAGCCACUGACUUGGCACAAGGCCUUAUUCAACGCGCCGGCGGGGAGCGACCCGGUGGCGCUGGACAUGGGCAGCAUGGGCAAAGGCCACAUCUGGGUGAACGGCCACCACGCCGGCCGAUACUGGUCGUACAGGGCCUACUCCGGCAGCUGCGGCCGGUGCAGCUACGCCGGCACGUACCACGAGGACAAGUGCAUGUCUAACUGCGGCGACCUGUCCCAGAGAUGGUACCACGUUCCGCGGUCGUGGCUGAAGCCGAGCGGGAACCUUCUGGUGGUGCUGGAGGAGUACGGCGGCGACCUCGCCGGCGUCGCUCUGGCGACAAGAACCACAUGAACUCGUUCAUACUGCGACGUAUGAAUAUGAUUACAAAUUUUCAGAGCCCAGGAGAGGAGAAAACCGGUCACGCAGUAUUCGUCGAUGCCUCGACGGUAUUUAUACAGACCAGAACACCACGGGACACACACAGCUACAGACUACAGUGUACAAGAGGAGAGGGAGGGUGACAUUUAGUGCAGAGCGGAGAGGGUGGUUGCCGGCCAUCAGUGCGGCUGCAGGAACGGCACCUAGCUGCACCUGCACCGGCAGGCCACUGGCACACACUUCGAGCUCAAUUCAAUUGGAUUCUUUUCUAAGUUCCAAUUCUCUGAAAAUUAUUACAAUGUAUGCAGGCAGCACUGUUGCUUGCGACAGGUGACUGCUGCCAUUUUUUCUGCAGACGUGAACACUGAUCGAUCUAGCUUGAUUUAUUUAUGGGAGGGUA